AUGGCUAAUGAAAUUAUGAAGUGUUUGCGUGAUUGGGGCUUAGAUAAAAUAUUUACCAUCACAGUUGAUAAUGCUAGUUCAAAUGACGUGACUGUGAAAGAGUUGUCUAAGAUAUUCACUAAAUGGGGGAUCAAUUUCAUGAAUGGAGAACACCUUCAUGUGAGGUGUAUGGCGCAUAUUCUAAAUCUUGUUGUUCAAGAUGGUUUGAAGGUGUCUGCUGUGUCUAUUGAACGGGUUAGAAAAGCAGUUAAAUACAUAAGGUUGUCUCCUGCGAGGUGUAAGAGGUUCCAAGAAUGUUGUGAAGAUGUUGAUAUUAAUUGUAAAAAAUCUUUAUGUUUGGAUGUCUCUACGAGAUGGAACUUCACAUACUUGAUGUUAAAUAGGGCUAUCGAGUUUGAAAAUGUUUUUUCCAGUUAUGCUGCUCGUGAUAUUGGCUUGUUACAUUACCUUCAGUUUGUUGAGGAUGAAGAUGGAAAGGAUGAACAUGGCGUUGUUGGUGCCCUUUUGAGUGAUGACUUGGACAAUGUAAGAAAAAUUGCUAAUUUUCUUCAAACUUUUUAUGAUCUUACCAGAGAAGUAUCUGGAUCACACUACGUCACAGCAAACUCACAUUUUCUUAAAAUUUGUGAGGUUUCUUGUUAUUUAAAACAAUUGAUAUCGAGUGAAGAAGAUAAUGAUGAUCUUUUGGGUAAAAUUGCUUCGAAUAUGAGAGAAAAAUUUGAUAAGUAUUGGGGUACUCCAAAGAAGAUGAACAAGAUGAUUUUUAUUUCUUGCGUUUUGGAUCCUCGUCACAAGUUUGUUUCAGUUGGCUUUGCACUUCAAAUGAUGUUUGGGAAAGAAGGAUGGGUGAUCUAA